AUGCAAACCUGCCAGCGCAAGGAAGCAGAGAAGCGCCUGUCCUACCUCGGCCUCGAGUGCAUCCACCUUCCCGACUUCGCCAUGACCAAGCCCAAUGGUCCACAUGUACCUAUCCUUGCUCCACCGCCUGACCUCCUCAAGACGCGAAAGCGAUUGAUUGUACUGGUAAACGACACCAUGCAAGAUCUAGGCAUCCUGGCGUAUAGACAGUUGCAGCGGGAACUCGGCAUCAACGGUGGCUCAGUCGUCAACUUUGCCAAGGAGAUGGUCAAGUGCUCGGACACUGACAACACCGCUGAAAGGGACGCGAAUAUUUUCAAAGAUGGUCAUGUUCUCCAAGACAAGACUACCACUCCUGCUUUGAUUGUCUUGAACGCGGGCCAGCUGCUGUACUCGCACAAGUACGACCAGGCCAUGACUCUACGCAGUUGGUCCGCCAUGCCACGCAAGUCAAUCGCCCACGACAUGGUCCGCAUCCGUGACAACGAGAACCGUGUUCCAGGUCAUGAAAAUGCCAAGAAACAUGUCAAGACUGUCUUUGACGAAGUCAUCUGCAACCCCGAUCGUGUUGCAGCCGACGCAGAAGUCUACGUCAUCGCUAUUGAAGACGGAACGGAGAGUAUCUUGAACCUGCUCACGCACGACUGUACGUCUCCUGGCCCUGCUUUCACCUGA